AUGCGACCUUGCGACGAUCGCUGUGUUCUGCUCGGUAACCUUUACCACCUACCUAACCGGGCUUGGCCUCUCAAGCCCAUCAUUUAUCAACGCGACAGAGGCGAAAUCCUUCACCAGCCUACCGCCUACCACUCACCGCAUCAAACAGCCCCGUUGAUACUUGGCAGUCAUGGUGGGCAAGACCAUCGGCCCCAUCGGCCGAGCCUGGCUCCAGUGGAAAUCGUUGCGCCUGCCCUGGCGCAAGCGCUUCCUCGUCGGUACGCCACCCUCCCGCCCGCCGAGGAGACCCCCCCCGACCUCGAGGGCAACACCUACUGGGAGUUCCGCCUCACCACGCGCGGCACCCGCGAGGCCACCCCCAACGCCCUCGGCGAGGUCGAGCGCUGGCGCCGCAUCGUCCACUACCCGCGCUCCGCGCACCUCUCCUCCGUCCGCGUCGGCCCGCUCUGGCACCAGUGGCUGCGGUACGCGCGCGCCGACCCGCCCAGCCUCGAGGAGCAACGCGAAGACGUCGCACGCCAGGCGCGCACGCGCGUGCUGGCCGCCGACGCGGACGCCCGCUGGGCCGCCAAGCCCCGCGUCAUGGAGGAUCCUUUGCCGGGGGAAGAGCGGUCCCUGCCCGGCGCGACGACGACGACGACGACGACGAGUGCGCAAGAAGCCCCGGAACAGACAACGUUGCGAGCCGAGUCGAAACGAAGGAGACGGAGCGCGCGCGCGGGUGGAGCGGCGCAGAAAGAACAACAGGAGGAGGAGGAGGAGGAGGCGGCGGUUGAUCCGCAGGACCCGUGGAAGCAGGCGCGCACAAGAGGGCCCAGCGAAGACUGGCAGCCCCAGGCCUGGAGUCCGAAUGCCAAGAGGUGA